UUCAAAGACUACAUCUCUGCUGUCUCGCAGAUGCGAUGACUGCUAAAAAAGUGUGCAGUUACCAGGAUGUUCUGGAUUACCUGAACAUGACCAGGGACAACAAUAAGUUACAGCUGUCUCGGCCCGUCUUGGACCACACACACCCUACUGUGAUAGAGAUGGACCUCAUCCUCUACGCUCUACUGGCAGUGAUUGAAAAAACACAAACUUUCAUUCCUUUUGUUUGGGUAUCCAUGAUGUGGCAGAAUGAAUUCAUUUCAUGGGACCCUGAACAGUUUUGUGGAAUAACCCAUGUUUCGGUUCCUAAAGACCUGCUCUGGAGACCAGACCUCUUCAUCUAUGAGAUGGUACAGAAAGAUGAUUCCCCUCAGAAUUCUUUCAUGUAUUUGUCCCACAAUGGUAUAAUUAGUUCUGAAGAGGACGUAAGGGUGAUCAGCACCUGCAAAAUGGACGUCUAUAAGUUCCCUUUCGACACACAGAAAUGUAACAUAACCAUCGGUUCUGCCAUACACAGUGCUAAUGAAAUCAGAAUGAUUCCAUUUUCCAACUCGUCCCGGGCCACACAGUUCUCCCAGGAGAUAAUACGGACGCAGGGGGAGUGGGAGUUCAUCCAUUUGUCUGUCGUCCCCUUGAAUUUUAGCUACCAAAAAAGACAGUGGGAGCAGCUCAUCUACACUUUCACUAUAAAAAGGAGGCCUUUUCUUCAUGUCAUCAACUUCCUGUUGCCAAUCCUCUUCUUCCUGAGCCUGGACCUGGCCUCCUUCUUUAUCUCAGACUGUAGGGGAGAGAAGUUGGGCUUUAAAGUCACAGUGCUAUUGGCCAUCUCAGUCCUACUGCUGAUUCUAAAUGACAUCCUUCCAUGCAUGUCCAACAACACUCCACUCAUAGCAACCUACUGCAUUGUGAUAUUUGCGUUGAUGCUACUCAGUCUGCUUGAGACUAUUUUGGUUACAUAUCUGAUUGAGCGUGAUUCCACAACCAAGAAAAAACUCCAACAACAAAUCGACUAUGAGGAACAAGAGCACAGUGAUGAUUCCUAUUCCGCUGCGGGGCUGCUUGUGUUUGUGCAGGGUAACAGCAGCUCUCAAUGCAGAGAGUCUCAGGUGCUGCUGCUGAUUCUGGACGAGCUGAAGGGGCUGCAGAAAACCCAGAAACUGCACCUGAGCCCCCGGGAGGAAGUAGUCAGACCAAUCCUAUUGGCCAGGAGAAUCAACAGAUGUUUCUUCACUUUCUAUGUUAUCACUGUGUCACUAUUUUUGUCCCUUAUCUUCUGUGCAUGGAUGCUUUAAAACCCCUCCCCUGUACUUUUUUAUAACUAGAGUACAUGUAUCAGUCAUUACUCCUUUGGUUUUCCAAAUCCAAACAUUUACUUAUUUUGAAUGUAAUAUGCAUAUUACCGGAAUGUUACAUUUGUUAUUAGCAGCAGGUGACAGUUUCCUUUGUUUGAGCUGUGCAGAUAGUAC